CAUUCUUCAAUUGGCCACGUUCACGAGAGCUCUAGGCACCUCGGCACCUCCGUCAUCGGCUUGCUCCCAGAACUCUGCAGAGAUUGUUGGACUCCGCUCCUCAGCACCUCGAUCGACUCUUUCUCUCCCCAGCUGAUUUCAACUUUGCAAGAUGUUGGGAAAGAACUCAAUUCAUAAGAUGAGCUCCUCCUCCUUUAAGAAGAGGUCUGAUAAGAAGAAGAUGGCAAUGAGGCUGUUGAUCACAGUUAACGUCCAUGGAAGUGCAUUGCCUUUGAGGUUUUUGGUCAAUGAUGAUGAUCUGGUUUCUGAGGUCAUUCAAACCACGCUCGAAUCUUGUGCUGGUCGAGAGAGGCAUCCUCUUCUAAAAUUUGAUGCUAAGGAUUUUUAUCUCUACUGUCCAGCCACGCUGGAAGAUUUAAGUCCAACGGAAACCAUAGGAUCUUGUGGAGAAAGAGAAUUCGUGCUGAUAAACAAGAACCUAAAUGUUGCUGAGAAAGAUGAUGACACUCAAAAGCAUAAGUUCUUUAAGGGGAAGAAGAAGGUGACAAAGAAUUUAAUCUUGGUUACAGUGAAUGUCCAUGGAAGUGCAGGGCCUUUAAGAUUCUUGGUGAAGGACGAUGAUCUGGUUUCUAAUGUCAUCCAAACCACUCUCAAAUUUUAUGCUCGUCAAAAAAGACGUCCUGUUCUAGGGUUUGAUGAUCGGGAUUUUUACCUUUACUGUCCUACUAAGUUGAAAGGUUUGAAUCCAACGGAAACCAUCGGAUCUUGUGGAGCAAGAGAUUUCAUAAUGAUAAAGAAGAACCUGGACGUUGCUGAUAAAGAUGAUGAUAACCAUAAGCAUAAGUUGUCCAUGUGGAAAUCAUGCUUUGUCACUGAACCAAAAUCUGUCCUCACGUAACUGGAUUGUGCUCGCCA